GAGCAUCUCCCAGGCCAGAUUCCGAACAGUCAACACCACUACUUUUCAGUCUCAUAUACCACAUACGUGAUGGACGACGAGAUCGCUGCUAUCGUUAUCGAUAAUGGUUCGGGCAUGUGCAAGGCGGGAUUCGCGGGCGAUGACGCGCCUCGCGCUGUCUUUCCAUCUAUCGUGGGCCGCCCAAGGCAUGUGGGUGUCAUGGUCGGCAUGGGUCAGAAGGACUCCUACGUCGGCGACGAAGCACAGUCGAAGCGUGGCAUCCUCACCUUGAAAUACCCGAUCGAGCACGGCAUCGUCACGAACUGGGACGAUAUGGAAAAGAUCUGGCACCACACCUUCUACAACGAGCUCCGCGUAGCGCCGGAGGAGCACCCCGUCCUGCUUACCGAAGCGCCGCUCAACCCCAAGGCCAACCGAGAGAAGAUGACGCAGAUCAUGUUCGAGACGUUCAACUCGCCCGCGUUCCAUGUGUCGGUACAGGCCGUGCUCUCGCUGUACGCCUCCGGGCGUACGACGGGUAUCGUCAUGGACUCGGGGGACGGCGUGUCGCACGUCGUUCCCAUCUACGAGGGCUUCUCGCUUCCGCACGCGAUCCUCCGCCUCGACCUCGCCGGGCGCGACCUGACCGAGUGCUUGGUGAAGAACCUGACCGAGCGCGGCUACCCGUUCACGACCUCGGCCGAGCGUGAAAUCGUCCGUGAUAUCAAGGAGAAGCUCUGCUACGUCGCGCUCGACUUUGAGCAGGAGCUCGUCACCGCCGCGACGUCGUCCGCGCUGGAGAAGAGCUACGAGCUACCUGACGGCCAGGUCAUCACCAUCGGCAACGAGCGGUUCCGUGCCCCGGAAGCGCUCUUCCAGCCCGCCUUCCUCGGUCUCGAGGCGGCCGGCAUCCACGAAACUACAUACAACUCGAUCAUGAAGUGCGACCUUGACAUUCGGCGCGAGCUCUACGGCAACGUCGUCUUGUCCGGCGGCACGACCAUGUUCCCGGGCAUCGCGGACCGCAUGCAGAAAGAGCUCACGGCGCUCGCGCCGUCCAGCAUGAAGGUCAAGAUCGUCGCGCCUCCCGAGCGCAAGUACUCGGUGUGGAUCGGAGGCUCGAUCUUGGCGUCGUUGUCGACGUUCCAGAAUCUCUGGUGCUCGAAGCAGGAGUACGACGAGUUCGGGCCGGCGAUCGUCCACCGCAAAUGUUUCUGAGCAGAGAUGGGGGGGAUCGAUAGCAUUUGUGCUCGGCGUUCGGUAGUUGCGUUCGCGAUGGAAGCAGCCUGGGCGGGCGCUUUUGCGUUUGCGAUGUGGACGAUACCUGCGCUUGUAUUUAAAUAGGAUGAAUAGAGCUGAUUUGCAGCUGAUAAAUAUUAGCGACGAAUUCAAUUCGCG